AUGGCGGCGCAAUGUGCUCGUUCCGCGCUGCAGGCGGGGCGAUGUGCGCGUUCCGCGCUGCAGGCGGCGCAAUGUGCGCGUUCCGCGCUGCAGGCGGGGCGAUGUGCGCGUUCCGCGCUGCAGGCGGGGCGAUGUGCGCGUUCCGCGCUGCAGGCGGGGCGAUGUGCGCGUUCCGCGCUGCAGGCGGGGCGAUGUGCUCGUUCCGUGCUGCAGGCGGGGCGAUGUGCGCGUUCCGCGCUGCAGGCGGGGAGAUGUGCUUGUUCCGCGCUGCAGGCGGGGCAAUGUGCUUGUUCCGCGCUGCAGGCGGGGCGAUAUGCUCGUUCCGCGCUGCAGGCGGCGCGAUGUGCUCGUUCCGCGCUGCAGGCGGCGCAAUGUGCACGUUCCGCGCUGCAGGCGGGGCGAUGUGCGCGUUCCGCGCUGCAGGCGGCGCAAUGUGCUCGUUCCGCGCUGCAUGUGGCGCAAUGUGCGCGUUCCGCGCUGCAGGCGCGGCGUGUUGCUUCUUUCCUGAUUCCCGCCCUUUUCUGCCGAACGUAUGACCGUGGCGCCGCCGCCCCGCCUCUCAGCCAAUCACGGAUGGCCACGUGGCGGGGCAGGUGGGCAACGGCGCGGCGAGGAGAGAGGCACGAGAGGUGGCUGAGGUCUGCCGGACUUGGCCUCGACGUCGGACGAGCACUCAUCUCUGCUCCCCUGCGCUCACCUCUGCUCCCCUGCGCUCACCUCUGCUCCCCUGCGCUCACCUCUGCUCCCCUGCGCUCACCUCUGCUCCCCUGCGCUCACCUCUGCUCCCCUGCACUCACCUCUGCUCCCUCUGCACUCACCUCUGCUCCCCUGCACUCACCUCUGCUCCCCUGCACUCACCUUUACUGUUCACCCACUUUUCACACCACCGUUUCCCCGUCCCCCACUGUUCACGCCAUUGUUUCCCCGUCCCCCACUGUUCACGCCAUUGUUUCCCCGUCCCCAAAUGUUCACACCACUGUUUCUCCGUCCCCCGUUGUUCACACCACGGUUUUUUUCCCCACUGUUCACCCACCUUUUGUUCCCUCUGUUCCCUCUGUUCACCCCUCUGCCAUCCCCCGCUUGCUCGCCAUGCUCCCCGCACUCACUUGCUAUGCUCCCUCCCCUCCCCCCACUCACUCAUUGCCCGAAACAUCCAGCCAGCACUCAUCUCUGCUCCCCUGCGCUCACCUCUGCUCCCCUGCGCUCACCUCUGCUCCCCUGCGCUCACCUCUGCUCCCCUGCGCUCACCUCUGCUCCCCUGCGCUCACCUCUGCUCCCCUGCGCUCACCUCUGCUCCCCUGCGCUCACCUCUGCUCCCCUGCACUCAUCUCUUCCUCCACUUGCGCUCACCUCUGCUCCCCUGCGGUCACCUCUGCUCCCCUGCGCUCACCUCUGCUCCCCUGCGCUCACCUCUGCUCCCCUGCGCUCACCUCUGCUCCCUGCGCUCACCUCUGCUCCCCUGCGCUCACCUCUGCUCCCCUGCACUCACCUCUGCUCCCCUGCACUCACCUCUGCUCCCCUGCACUCACCUCUGCUCCCCUGCACUCCACUUUUCACACACACCACCGUUUCCCCCCCCGUCCCCCACUGUUCAUGCCAUUGUUUCCCCGUCCCCCACUGUUCACGCCAUUGUUUCCCCGUCCCGAAAUGUUCACACCACUGUUUCUCCGUCCCCCGUUGUUCACACCACGGUUUUUCCCCACUGUUCACCCACCUUUUGUUCCCUCUGUUCCCUCUGUUCACCCCUCUGCCAUCCCCGCUUGCUCGCCAUGCUCCCCGCACUCACUUGCUAUGCUCCCUCCCCCCACUCACUCAUUGCCCAAAACAGCCAGCCAGGUGUGGGAGCGUGAGGUGGAGCACGUGUCCGGAGGAGAGCUGCAGCGCUUUGCCGUUGGAGUGGUGGGGGGGCAGCUGGGAGACAGACAUCUACAUGUGUGGGAGCGUGAGGUGGAGCAUCUGUCAGGAGGCGAGCUGCAGCGGUUUGCCAUUGGAGUGGUGGCGGGGCAGCUGGGAGACAUCUACAUGUUCGAUGAGCCUUCCAGCUACCUGGACGUGCGGCAGCGAUUGAAGGCAGCGCAGGUCAUCCGCUCGCUGCUGCGCCCCGACAGAUACGUGAUUGUGGUGGAGCGUGACCUGAGUGUGCUCGACUAUCUCUCCCACUUCAUGUGCUGCCUCUACGGCAAGCCAGGGGCAUACAGGGCGGUUUUUCUGCGCUAUCACCCCAUGCACCCACUGCCCUGCCCACUCACUCCCCAUUCCAUCAUCCCCAUCCCCCCCAGAUACGUCAUUGUGGUGGAGCACGAUCUCAGUGUGCUCGACUAUCUCUCGGACUUCAUCUGCUGCCUCUACGGCAAGCCCGUGCCUACGGUGGUCACGCUGCCCUUCUCCGUGCGAGAGGGCAUCAACAUCUUCCUGGCUGGCUUCGUGCCAACCGAGAACCUGCGCUUCCGAGACGAGUCGCUCACAUUCAGGGGGACGAAAACCCUGGUGGAUAAUCCUGAGGAGGGAGGCCAAGACGUACAGUCGGUUCGGUACAGGUAUUUGGGCAUGAUCAAGAAGCACGGCGGGUUCAACCUCCUCCUUCCCCUCCCUCACUCCAUUCUUUCACCCCCCUUCAUUCCAUCUCAGGUGGCUGAAACCCCGGUGGAUAAUCCUGAAGAGGCCAAGACGUACACGCGGUGGCUGAAACCCCGGUGGAUAAUCCUGAAGAAGCCAAGACGUACACGCGCUACAAUCGAUAACCCUGAAGAGGCCAAGACGUACACGCGCUACAAGUACCCGCGCAUGGUCAAGAAGCAGGGCGGAUUCAAGCUGACGGUGGAACCUGGUGACUUCACGGACUCACAGAUCGUGGUGAUGCUGGGGGAAACGGCACCGGCAAGACCACCUUUAUCCGCAUGCUGCUUGCACGUCUCUUUGGCUCUCUCUCCUCCCUGUCCCUUCCAUGAUCCAUCUUCCAUCCCUCCUCUCUCCCUUCCAGGCGGCUCUCUCAAGGCCGGACCCAGAUGA